GGAAAAUUUCUCCAUUUGGCACCUGUUUUUAAAAGGCAUUUUGUUGUAGAAAAGUGUCAUUGUAUCAUCUUUCAAUCUAUUAAUAUUAUGAGCCUAAGGGAGAGUACUCACUGAGUAUCUUAGCUCUUAGCUCUAUUACCGGUAGUGCAGAUCUGAGUGUACUGGUAUCCAGAAUCGAAUCUUUGCAUUCCAGCAAAACUCAGAACUUGACAAUCUUAUCGCGGACAUGCCUAAUACUUACUCGUAGCUUAAUACCAAGGGCAUAAUGUAUGAAUUGAUGUACUGGAGAGGCGUCUAGGGAAUUAAGCUAAGCUACAAGCCAGCAGGGAACACAGGCUUGUUAAGAAAAGCAAGCCAUAAUUCAGUUAUUUUGAGCUCCACGUAAAUCUGGCAAACUGCUGUCUGGAUGAGUGAUGACCAUCGAUGAUCCAUGCCAGGAAAACUAAGAACUUCGCUGUCGGCUGUGUGAGAGCUCGUCCUGGAGCUGGAGAGACUAUACCAGUAGCCAUAGCACUGCACCGUACAGGUAGCACGCAAUCGAGCACCAAGGCAGUAGACUUGAAGGGCAGCUCCAGCCGAAAAGACCAAGACCACAUCCUACCACGACCUUUGAAGUUUGCCAUCAACUAGUUUCCGAAAGUACUGUAAUCACAAUGUCAUUGAUCUUCCUUCAUUUCGGCGGUGGCAACCGUGUCACACGCCGUGAACUGUCUCGCGAGUCUGACUUGAACGAGUUGGAAGAGGAGGAAUCAUCUGAGAAGGGUUUCAACGGUUCACACGAAGUGAAAGAAGGCGAGCAGGAAAGAGGUGGCACAAGCGGUACUAGUUUCACCCACGAUGAUGAGCAAGAAGAACCAGACUCAGAGAUAGACAUGUUUGAGGAUGAACCAAAGGGAGAAGCCGAUCCUUCAGAGAUGAUGACAGAAGCACAUUCUCGUCUCUACAAUUUCAAGCACAGAAUGCCGCACCUGUACUACAUCUCAACUCACUUGGUGCUGCCACUGAUGACUCUCAUUGGAAUGGCCUUUCUAUUUGGUGGAAUAUUGGCCAAAAUUGAAAUGAAGGGAGAAAUCGAAAGCAAUGAUGCAGCAACGCGAAAUGUCUUUCUCAAGUACAUGGAGCACAUUGCCGAUCGACAAUCCAUCUACAGUUCCAUGGCCAACACAUCUGUGCAGUGUCUAUCCAAUGCAAUGGGCAAUGACGCUAUGCUCGAGGCAUUCCCAGAUAACCUGAUUCAGACUACAGAGAAUAUCUCUGACUGUGCUGCCGAAAGAGCCCAAGAUUUAUUCCCCAUUACUCUGGUUCUUCCCUUCUUGGUGAGCUCAGGAGCUGAACUCACAUUCAACUGGAUGAAUUGCUGGAAAGAAAAUACGAUUGGAGAUGAGAAUGCCACACGAGUCUGGCUCCAAGGUCUUGGCUUGAAUGAACAUAACAACAACCAUCAACAGAAGGCUCGGUAUCUUCACCGAUUUGGUAAUGACUUCGUACGGCUCAGGAACCAAACAGGCAUCACAACGCAGAGAAUAUUUGCCAAUAAGCAAGUGGUGCUUGAGUUAGUUCGCCAGGCCACAGGCUCCAGAGGUUGUGAGGUUCACAUUGCAGGUGGUGCCUUGUUUUGGUUCACACUCAUGACCACCAUCGGGUAUGGGAAUACAGCACCAGAGUCUGACGAAGGGAGAUUUCUGGUCUGCACGGCUGGGUUUCUGACAAUUAUACUCUUCCUGGCACUCAACAACACAGCAGCUCAAGUGUGGAAGAACAUGUUUGACCACUUCUUCCUGAAGCUGCAUCAACCAAACCUUGUAAGAGGCCCACUCAGUGUUCUUUUCUGGCUGGCCAUGUCAUUUCUGUGGAUGCUGGUUUUGACAGGUGUGGCAGUGGCCUAUACAACUGGCAGGUUGGGUGCUGCACGGCCUCUCAAGGAUAUGUACUGGUUUAGUUUUGUCACAAUCACAACUGUUGGUUUUGGGGAUAUACAUGUAAGGCAUGAAGAGUUUACAGGUUGGGACAUGUUUCAUUUCCCCUUGCUAGUGUUGGUGGGCUUUAACUUUCUGGGCAUCUUUGCCGAAAAGACCAUCGACCUGUACAACGACUACUUUCCAGAACAGCAUGGGUAUGCUGAUAUCUUGGAAGAAAGGAGGUCUGGGAAAGGGCCGAAUCCAAUGCCCUUCUCUGCACAGUUGAUGGGAGUGACAGCAGUUGCAGAAUGCUAGCAAAAUUCCCCCCCGUGGAACUACAGAGUAAGGUGACAUUGUGACAUGAAAAGUUAGAUUUUGUUUGUCUGAAGAAUGAGCAUGACACCCCUUCAGGGUUGGGAGGUACUGACCAGCAGACAGGGGCAGGGCAGUAUCUCGACGCAGCAACCCAAUCAAGCAAUGGAAAGGUAAUGGCCAAGGCAAAAACUGACGACUUGGCUGCUGGGUGACCAGGCGCCGAACUUAAUUGCUUUUCCAGAACGAGGCAGGGCGCUCCCUAAGACUAUCGUUAGCCCUACCGGUAGAGUGCGUGAUGGCUCAGAUAGGAUACGGUACAUACCGGUAGCUGUAGGACCAUCCGCAAAUACUGUUGGCUACGAUACCGGAUCCUUUGACCUUCUAGCUAGCUAGGGGGGCAAGUGGGAUGCAUGCACACGUGUGACACAAAAAUGAGGGCACGCUGGCAAGGUUCUACCCAGAACUCAGAAGAACGCUUCUCUUUCCAUCCUUCGGGUUCCCGUCGUUUCAUUUUGCCACUUUUUGGAAGGGAGGGUGAGUAGCUUCAAAGGAUGCAGCUGAGGUGUCUCUCUUGGUGUUUCUCACACAAAAAGCAGAAGAGAGGAAGCUUUGUUACUGUUUCUAUCAUGUCCAACGAGAAGGAUAUCAGCGUUGGUACCGGCGAUUUGGAGCCAGAAGAAACCAUGGAGAGCAUCCAAGCUCCCAAGGAGGUAUCGACCUACGAAGAACGUUCCAAGGCCAACGGCAUGGUCUACACGGUGACAGAUGUGCCUCCAUUGCCCACCGCCAUUUUGUUGGGAGUCCAGCAUUACCUCACCAUGUUGGGUGCCUCCGUUUUGGUGCCCUUGAUUCUGACCCCGGCCAUGGGCGCCACACAAGAGCAAACUGCCCAAGUCAUUGCCACCGCCUUUUUUGUGGCGGGCAUCAACACCCUGAUCCAAACCACAAUUGGGGAUCGUUUGCCCAUUGUACAGUCCGGUUCCUUUGCCUACUUGCCAGCCACCUUUACGAUUAUCUUUCAUGAAAGUUUGCAGAGCAUCGAAAAUGACAAUGACAGAUUUCACGAGACGAUGCGUGUCAUUCAAGGUGCCAUCAUUGUGGUGGGGUUGGUUCAAAUGGCGAUUGGAUACACUGGCAUCAUUGUGCCCAUGCUCCGCUACAUCUCUCCCGUCACAAUUGCCCCUGUUGUAGCUGCAAUCGGAUUAGG